CCGGACGUUCCUCUACAACGUGUUGCAGGAAAAUUCACGUGUGGACAUUUUAUCUUCCGCUGUACAGUCGCAAGUUGGGACAAAAAAGAAGAGAUUAAUCGGCCGUUUGUGUAGCUCUGAGUCAUGGGUCGGAAAUUGGAUCCCACCAACAGAGUGAAGAGAGGGCCGGGGAAAAAAGCCAGAAAGCAGCAAGGAGCAGAGACUGAGUUGGCCAAGUUUAUAAAUGAUGAGGAAACAGGACCAAAACGGCUGUCAAGUAGGGCCAGGAAAAGAGCUGCAAAAAGAGUCCAGAAUGCGAAAAAGCCUAAAGAUGCUACUGAGGCACAGCCCAAGAGAGGAUUCACUGAUGACAACAGUAAAUGGUUGAAACCAGCAAAGAGGAAGCGCAAAAUCGAUGAACCUGAAAGUGAGGAUGAUAGUGAUGAGCACUGGGAGGAAGAGGAAGAUGAGGGGGAAGAGGAGCAGCAGCAGCAGCAGCAGCAGCAGCAGCAGCAGCAGCAACAACAACAACAACAACAGCAGAAGAAGAAGAAGGAAGGAAAAGACCAAGGAAAGAAGGGUGCCAAAUUAGGCAUGAAAGAAGUGGAGGAGGAGGGGGAGGAGGAUGAAGACGAUGAUGAUGAAGACGACGACGACGACGAUGAUGAUGAUGAUGAUGAUGAUGAUGAAAUGGUUGAUGACUACGGAACACUUGAUGAUGGCAGUGAGGAAGCAGCUGAAGAGGAAAGUGAUGGAGAGGAACUUCUUCCCAUCGAGCGUGCAGCCAAGAAAGAGAAAAAGCUGAAGGAAACCAUGGGUGUAGAGAGUGAUGAUGACGAUGAUGAAGAGGAGGACGACGACCAUGAUGAUGAGGAGGAGGAAAAUAAAUCAGAUGCUGACAUGGAUGAGGAAGAUGCAAUACAAACCAACAUGGAUGAGAUUGAUCAAUUUAGGCUACCAGGGGCAGAAGAAAGUGAGAAGGAAGGAGUCCUUCCUCUCGACCUUAAGACAAUCCAUCAAAGAAUAAAGGACAACGUUGAUGUCCUUUGUAAUUUCUCGACCAAAAGGGAGGAGGGGAAAGAGAGAGCAGAGUACAUCUCUCUUCUGAAGAAGGAUCUUUGUACCUAUUACAGCUACAACAACUUCCUCAUUGAGAAACUAAUUGACAUUUUCCCUCUUUCAGAGCUGGUAGAUUUCCUUGAGGCCAAUGAAAUUCAGAGACCUGUCACUAUCCGGACCAACACACUGAAAACAAGGAGGCGGGACCUUGCACAGGCCUUGAUCAACCGAGGAGUGAACCUUGAUCCACUGGGGAAAUGGUCUAAAGUUGGUUUGGUCAUCUAUGACUCGUCGGUACCUAUAGGUGCAACCCCAGAGUAUCUGUCAGGUCAGUACAUGCUGCAGGGAGCCUCCAGUUUUCUGCCAGUCAUGGCGCUCUGUCCACAGGAGGGAGAGUUAGUGUUGGACAUGAGCUCAGCUCCAGGAGGCAAGACCACCUAUAUUGCUCAGCUGAUGAGAAACACAGGGGUGAUCGUGGCUAAUGACGCCAACGCUGAAAGAUUGAAGAGUGUGGUGGGCAACAUCCACCGUCUGGGGGUCACCAACACUGUUGUCUGCAACUACGAUGGAAGGCAGUUCCCAAAGGUAAUGGGUGGGUUUGAUCGGGUGCUGCUUGAUGCUCCGUGCUCAGGCACAGGAGUCAUCGCCAAAGAUCCAGCGGUGAAAACCAGUAAGGAUGACGCAGACAUCCAUCGCUCUGCUCACUUGCAGAAAGAACUGAUUCUGUCUGCCAUCGACUCUGUCAAUGCUGAGUCCCCGACAGGAGGAUGUCUAGUUUACUGCACAUGUUCAAUAAUGGUGGAGGAGAAUGAAUGGGUGGUGGACUACGCCUUAAAGAAGAGGAAUGUCAAAUUAGUUCCCACAGGACUUGACUUUGGCAAGGAGGGCUUCACCAGGUUCAAAGAACGUAGAUUCCAUCCUUCUCUGCGACUGUCUCGCCGCUUUUACCCUCAUUCCCACAAUAUGGAUGGGUUUUUUGUGGCCAAGCUGAAGAAGUUCUCCAAUGUAAUUCCAACAGCACCAGCAGGAAAAGAAGAAGAAAAUGCAGACGCCCCUGAGGCCACAGUUGUUACAGACACUCCUGAAGAGAAACCAUCCAAAAGUGACAAGACAAAGAAGACUGUCCCUGGCAAGGCAGGGGGCCUGAAGGAGAAGACCCAAACCAAUGGAACAGCAGCCAAGAAAACGGCAAAAAUCAAGCCAAAAGGCAAAAAGGACUCACCCGCUGGACCGAAAAAGGCAAAGCUCGCCAAGAUGGAUGGAGAGACUGUGAAAGGGGCAAAGGCCAAGAAACCUGCAGUGAAGACAGCUGAUGAUACUAAAGCAUCAAAAGCUGAGAAGAAGGACGGAAACAGAUUUGAGAAAAAACAGGGAAAAAAGAGAAAAACGCCAAUGAAGGCAAAGAACAGAAUUGGAAAGAAUAAAUUCAAAAAGUUGAAGCACAUGUUGGAAAAACAAGACAGAGAGUGAUGGUGUGUACAGUGUGAUAAAGUCUACUAGAUUAUGUAAGAACGUUGUAGAGUUCCUUACGGAUCCCAGAUCACCUCCCUUCAGCUAACCAGUAUUCUGACUGGUGUGCUCUGUUUCAGAGCAGGGAUACUUUAUGUGUCAGUCAAAUAUGAUUGUAAAGCUUGUGUACAAAUGAACUGGACUGGUCAAUGAUGCUAUCCCUCUAGUUUGGUCCUCCCUUUUUUAUUUGUAUUACACAAUAUUCAGUAUGUUUGUCUGUUGAUUUAAUUACAGAGUGGGGCAACUUCCUUUAAUCUGUGAAACAUAAUAAAUCUUUUAAGAUUUUUCUCAUCACUUGUUUGAUUCAUCAUUCAUCAGUGGGAAGUUUUAUUUGUCCAUCACCAAGAUCAUAUGCUUAUUUGAUGUGUAAUUUUCAUGUUUCACUUGACCACCUCUAAUCACAUUUUAAACAUCUCAAAUGUAUUUUGACUUGUUGGUUUCCUUUAAUUAAUCAAUUUGAAACCAUUUACCUUGACCAUUGA